ACGUUCAGCGCCUGGCGCAUCGCGCCCUGUCGCCCUGGCUGCAGCAUGUGGCGCGGCGGCCCAUGCCGCGGGGCGUCCCCAAGGGCGCGCCCAAGUUGAGCGAGGUCCCACGGGGGCCGUGGAUGGCACAGCCCAAAACUGCCGAAGCCUUGGGAAAACUGCAUGGAUUGAAUGGUGAAGCCACCUUUGAAGAGAGACUUUCGGCUCACUUUGUGCUUCUUCGUCAUGGCAGGUCCAUAAGAUCUUCGGAGGCCGAAGAGCUCUGGGAAGCUGUUCCGAAGCUCUCGGGCCUCUCGGGGCACAAGCUCUGCGAUCUGCUCUACGUGCUGGGCGCAGCGCGAUCCUUCAGAUACCACCGCCGGGUGGCGGAAGAGGUGGCCAAGAGCAUGGUGAUUUCGCAGAAGGAGUACAGUCGUGAGCUGCAGCUGUGGCCUCAAACUCUGCCAUUGGUCUGUGAAUAUUUGGUUUGGCACCUGGAUGAUCCACACUUGAUGAAGAGCUUCUUAACUUCAGUGCUGGUGCCCUUUUGGCGACUCCAUCCCGCUGCAGUGCAAGGCGCCCUGGUUCCCCACCACGCUAUGGCCGUCUCGAGCGCCUGUGCUCGGGCAGGAAAAAAACUACCUCUGGAGGUGUUGCAGACGGUGCGUGAGGCGCUCUGUCGCUGGUGCCAUGAGAAUCUCCGUCUCUUGGGCCCUCGAGGUUUGGCCAACAUGGCACUGGCCUUAUCACGUGUGCCUGGCUUGGCGGGCGAAGACGCCAAUGCCCAUCAGUUAAAGCACCUCCUCGCCCGCACCCGGGAGCUCUUACUGGAAGUGGAUGACUUUCCGGCAUCCUCUGCGGCGAAGAGCGCGCCGCUCUUCCGUGCAGAUUGGCUGGGGAUGUUCGUAAGCGCCUUAGCGCGGGCACGAUGUCGUGAGGAUCUCCCAACCUUGAAGCAGCUGCUGGAGAUUCAUUUCCAGAAGAAGAUCUUGGCAGGUGAAGCCCAAAAUCUCGCGCUCUGUGCCCAUUCCGUGCUGAAACUGGAUCUACUGGAUUUGCGGCGAAACCAACCACUGGUUGCACUGGCACCGCACGUCAAGGAGCUAGGUCGUCUACAAGGGACGUCUGGUGCCCGUUCUGCGUGCCUGUUAGCUCAUGCCUAUGGGAGCGCCUUACUCCUCCACAGGGGUCCCAUUGGUGAAGUUCAUGCUGUCUAUGAUGAGGUCUUACAAUAUUUGCUGGAUUCGAAGCACAAGUUGAAGCUGCAGAACAUAAAGCUUCGAUUUCAGAUGCUGACAGCCGUGCAAUGCUGGUGGCAAUUCAUCGACACAACAAGCACUUCGUCUCGCGGCUCGUCGCUGGCAUCCUUGCGACGAGUGCACCAAACUCUUGCGGCCGUCAGCGCAGCACUGCCGGGCCCUGAGGAAUCCAUCGGAGAGCAGGAGGUCAUCAGCACCACAGACCAUGCUGAAGUCGCCAGGGCCUUGCCAGCGGAAGUGCAGCCACGAGCACGGAUGGAAGACUUUGCUUUCCCAUUUUGGCUGGACAUUGUGCUGAUUCCUCUCCGCCGGGUGGAAGAAAAAGAGUGGCCCAGCGGUCUAGGAAGCAAUCUGCAGAUGGAAGUGGUACACUGCCAUUUCGACAAUGCGAAUGGUCAACGCUGUUGUUUGGUGGGAAUGAGAGAAUUUCAGGACUUUGGCUAUUCUAUUGCGCCUCUACUUGAAGAGGUUGCUGAAAAGGAUAGCACUUUGGCGAACAACCUUCAAAGCAGUGGCCCUGAGGGCGCACCAACCAGUCCGAAGGUUACGCCGGAAGGCAGCGUUCCCGAAGAUGCGACUGUUCUUUUCAACGCAGACACCUUUGACAUUUUGAACAUGGGUGGCGGCUUUGGACAGCUCUGUUCCCGCGCCAACUUACCAGCCAAUGAUCUGGACGGCGUGGCGAGCAUUUUCGACCUGUCGAAGACCACUGGCCCGAGUUCAUUCGGUCGACAGUUGCAGGAAGCGAUCAAUUCAUGGGAUGAAGCUGCUCCAAAGGCGAACGUCGACCUGUUGGGAUCAAUCUUCCUUGAUUUGGACUUGCUACUGCAGAAGGAUAGCGUCUUGGAGCAUUUGGUUGGAACCCUGCAGGUGACUCGUGUGAUUCCACCGGAACUGUCACCUUCCGCCAAGUUGACACAGAGAAGCUCGGUUUUUGGAAGUUUCGUGGCCUGGGGUUCGAUCAUUGUGGGGAUAACAUGGGACAACAUGGGAUAA